GGAGGCAGGGGUCUCCGGCUGCAAUGGUCCCAGGGCGGCUGGUUGAGUGGGCUGGGCGGAGAGGGGGCCGGGCUGUGGGCGGUGGCUCCCUCGGUCCCUUCCUGGUGUGUGUGCGGUGUGGUGACUGUGCGCAGCGCUCCCGGCCGCCGCCUCCGUUCCGCCCGUUCCCAGAGAGGCGCCAUCUUCUGGGGGAGAGAGAGGCGGGCCGGGAGCCCAGUCACCUCUGCAGGCCGCCCCCUGCUCCCGCUCUCCCCGCCCACACUCCCAGCACAGGCCGGCCUUUGUUUCCGGUGCUCGCAGCACCCUCUCCUCGCCCGCCCCUCCCCAGCUCGCCCUGCUGCUGCUGCUGCUGGGAUCUGGCCGAGGCCGCCCCGACCAGCGCUCCGAGGAAGGUCUAGUGUGGGACGUAAGCUUUGAACCAAAACCUAACCUGGAUUUUUCUUGAUUCGGACAGAUUGGUGACAGCAAAGCUGAUGCCUCUUGUCGUUCCCCAUGCUGGAGAAGAUACAUUUACACAGAUGAGCCAAGAGCAGUGGCAGCAGUGCAACCCCAGAUAGUUAGACGGCAGACUGCUCCAGCAGGAUGCCGUCAACAAUUCGAGCUGGAAGCCUGAAGGACCCAGAUAUUGCAGAGCUUUUCUUUAGGGAUGACCCAGAGAAGCUUUUCACUGAUCUCAGAGAAAUUGGUCAUGGGAGUUUCGGUGCUGUUUAUUUUGCACAUGAUGUGCGUACCAAUGAAGUGGUGGCCAUCAAGAAAAUGUCCUACAGUGGCAAGCAGUCAAAUGAGAAAUGGCAGGAUAUCAUCAAAGAAGUGAAAUUCCUUCAAAGGAUACAACAUCCGAAUAGUAUAGAGUAUAAAGGCUGCUAUUUAAGGGAGCACACGGCAUGGCUGGUCAUGGAAUAUUGUUUAGGCUCUGCAUCAGAUUUACUAGAAGUACACAAAAAGCCAUUGCAAGAAAAUGAAAUUGCGGCAAUCACUCAUGGGGCCCUGCAAGGAUUAGGUUAUUUGCAUUCUCAUAAUUUAAUCCAUAGAGAUAUCAAGGCAGGCAACAUCCUUCUCACAGAGCCAGGCCAGGUGAAACUUGCUGACUUUGGGUCUGCAUCAAUAGCCUCUCCUGCCAAUUCAUUCGUGGGGACACCAUAUUGGAUGGCCCCAGAAGUAAUCUUAGCCAUGGAUGAAGGACAGUAUGAUGGGAAAGUGGAUGUUUGGUCUCUUGGGAUCACUUGUAUUGAACUAGCUGAAAGGAAACCUCCUUUGUUUAAUAUGAAUGCAAUGAGUGCCUUAUACCACAUAGCGCAGAAUGACUCUCCCUUACUUCAGUCUAGUGAAUGGUCUGACUACUUUAGAAACUUUGUAGAUUCAUGUCUCCAGAAGAUCCCUCAAGACAGACCAACAUCAGAUGAGCUACUUAAGCACAUAUUUGUCUUGCGUGAGCGGCCAGAAACAGUGUUAAUUGACCUGAUCCAGAGGACAAAAGAUGCAGUCAGAGAGCUGGAUAACCUACAAUACCGUAAAAUGAAGAAGCUGCUUUUCCAAGAGGCCCAUAAUGGCCCUGCUGUGGAAACCCAAGAGGAGGAAGAGGAGCAGGAACAUGGAGUUGGCAGAACAGGGACAGUGAACAGCAUUGGUAGUAACCAGUCUAUCCCUAGCAUGUCUAUUAGUGCCAGUAGCCAAAGCAGUAGUGUGAAUAGUCUUCCAGAUGCCUCGGAUGACAAGAGUGAGCUGGAUAUGAUGGAAGGAGAUCACACGGUGAUGUCAAACAGCUCUGUCAUCCACUUGAAACCAGAGGAAGAAAACUAUCCUGAGGAACCGGAGUCUAGAAUGCGACCAUCAGAACCACAGUCUCCUCCACAGGUUUCCCGUCACAAGUCUCACUAUCGGAAUAGAGAACACUUUGCCACAAUACGCACAGCCUCGCUGGUGACGAGGCAAAUCCAGGAACAUGAGCAAGACUCAGAGCUGCGGGAACAGAUGUCUGGCUACAAGCGUAUGAGGCGGCAGCAUCAAAAGCAACUGAUGGCACUGGAGAACAAACUCAAAGCAGAGAUGGAUGAGCAUCGGCUCCGGCUAGACAAAGAUCUAGAAACCCAACGCAACAAUUUUGCAGCAGAGAUGGAAAAACUUAUAAAGAAACACCAAGCCGCCAUGGAUAAAGAGCUAAAACUGAUGGCUAAUGAAGAAAAGAAAUUCCAGCAGCACAUCCAGGCACAGCAAAAGAAGGAGCUGAACAGCUUCUUGGAGUCCCAGAAGCGGGAAUAUAAAUUGCGAAAGGAACAGCUGAAAGAGGAGCUAAACGAAAACCAGAGUACUCCAAAGAAGGAGAAACAAGAAUGGCUCUCCAAACAGAAGGAGAAUUUCCAGCACUACCAGGCUGAAGAAGAAGCCAAUCUCCUGCGCCGCCAGAGGCAGUACCUAGAGUUGGAGUGCCGCCGAUUCAAGAGGCGGAUGCUGCUCAGUAGACACAAUCUGGAGCAGGACCUGGUUAGAGAGGAGCUAAAUAAGAGGCAAACACAAAAGGACCUGGAACAUGCUAUGUUGCUACGACAGCACGAGUCCAUGCAAGAAUUAGAGUUUCGCCACCUCAAUACCAUACAGAGGAUGCGUUGUGAGCUUAUAAAGCUGCAACAUCAAACUGAACUCACAAACCAGCUGGAAUACAAUAAAAGGCGAGAGCGGGAAUUACGGCGCAAGCAUGUCAUGGAGGUCCGACAGCAACCCAAGAGUCUAAAGUCUAAAGAGCUACAGAUAAAGAAGCAAUUCCAGGACACUUGCAAGAUUCAGACGCGGCAAUAUAAAGCUUUGAGAAACCACCUUUUGGAAACCACACCAAAGAAUGACCAUAAGGCUGUUCUCAAACGGCUGAAAGAAGAGCAGACACGCAAACUGGCAAUACUAGCGGAGCAGUAUGACCAUAGCAUUAAUGAGAUGUUAUCUACACAAGCACUGCGCUUGGACGAGGCACAGGAAGCGGAGUGCCAGGUUUUGAAGAUGCAGCUGCAGCAAGAAUUGGAGCUACUAAAUGCUUAUCAGAGCAAAAUUAAGAUGCAAGCGGAGGCCCAGCACGAGCGGGAAUUACGUGAACUGGAACAAAGGGUUUCCCUACGUAGGGCUCUUCUUGAACAAAAGAUUGAAGAGGAAAUGCUCGCUCUUCAGAAUGAACGAACAGAGCGAAUUCGGAGUCUCCUGGAACGCCAAGCUCGUGAAAUUGAAGCAUUUGACUCUGAAAGCAUGAGGCUAGGUUUUAGCAACAUGAUUCUUUCCAAUCUCUCCCCCGAGGCGUUCAGCCACAGCUACCCGGGAGCUUCUGGCUGGUCCCACAAUCCCACUGGAGGCCCUGGACCUCACUGGGGUCACCCCAUGGGAGGCCCACCACAAGCUUGGGGUCACCCAAUGCAAGGCGGACCCCAACCAUGGGGUCACCCCUCAGGGUCUGUUCAAGGUGUCUCUCGUGGUAGUACAAUGGGGGUCCGCAACAGCCCCCAGGCUCUGAGGCGGACAGCUUCUGGGGGACGGACAGAGCAGGGAAUGAGCAGGAGCACAAGUGUUACUUCACAGAUAUCCAAUGGUUCACACAUGUCUUAUACAUAACUGCAAGAAGAACUUUAACGGCCAUUCCUUUUGAUCACUCAACACAAACUGCCUACAGAUGUCCUCACAGCAGCUUUCUCAAUGGUACUGAGCAGCUGCAAAAUUAAGGCUUCCUACACAUGCUGAAUUUUAAUCAUUUUUGUACAGGGUUCCAUGUAUGUGUGUUAUUUACCAUAUGAUUGCAUUGGCUGCUGGGUUUAUAUCGGGGAGAAGGAAAGUUAAGCAUGUGGCUUGUGAUGAAAGUGAACAUUUAGUUUUGAAUAGUUUGGAGUAGCCAACUUACUGAACAGAAGCUAGACUCUAAUACAAAUUUACCUUAAAAACUAUAUCCGCACUUUGAGCACUUGGUACAUUCCCUGGCUCUCAUUAUAAAUCACUACACUCCUAUAGGUCAUUGUCAUUUCUGCCUCUUCAGUGGUCGUUCAAUCCUUUGUUACUUUGUGAGUGAUUAGCCCAUCUGGUUUUUAAGUCUGGACAGGUUGCAUGGGUCAUACCUUUCAUUGCUUAGGUUCGUUAAACAUUCUAUGCAGACUUGUUAAUGUGUCAAAUAAUUUUAGCUUUAAUUAGGCCAAACAUUUUUUCAUUGCGUUGGUAUGUUUAGAGUUUGUUGCUGCUUAUUACAGGAAUGUGUUCUAUUAAUGACUGAUAUAUUGAUGAUUAUUCCACCACAGAUAUCCUGUACUCAGGCAGAGGCUUUCUGCACCGGUCACUGUUUGUUUUUUGGUUUUUUUGCCACUGCUAGACCAGGUCAUUUGUUUAAGAGGCACGCUUGUGUUUCUAGAUGUUUCUCUUAUAUCAUAAGGUGCAGUUUCCUAUACAAACGCCACAAUAUUUACAGAUGUUUGGUUAUAGCAGCUGUUUAUUUUGUUGUAUUUGAUUGGUGCACGCCCAACAACUGAAUGCUUGUCUGAGCUCCCUCUCCUUGCUUAGUGUGAGGUGUUUGUGUCAGCCAUGUUGUCUGGAAGCUUAUUGGGCAUUCGUGACGUCGCUGUGCUUUCAGGGGUCAUUCCUUCUGUACAUCUGAACAUCACAGAAAGCACAGACGAUUGUAACCAAUGUAGCAGUAAACGUUUUGUCUUUUCUUCAUUAAUCUUCUUUUUGUCGUUUGCAUGUCCUCAUUUUGCCACAGUCCUUUAAUAGCCAUUCAUUUCCUCCUCUGUUUGCCAUAGCUGUAUUUGGUGUUCAGCUGACACUCCUGUUACAGUCAGUAGUUCCCAUAUACUGCCAUGUUGUUUUAAUAGGUGACUGUAACAGGAAGGGGGAUAUCUCCAGCUCACUAAUACUUCCAUUCAUUUACAAGUUGGUGUUGUCCAUGAAUGGAUGCUCUCCUUUAACUAAUUGGUACUACUCACCAUUUAUAUUGAGCUGUAUAGCCAUGUAAUGUCCAAGACUGAUCAUCGCUCCAAACUAAAGUACUCUUUUGCUAAUGCAUGACAUACAGAGUUACCCUGUAUUGGGAAAACUAGCUUAUUAUUCCAUAUAAAUAAAAUGUUUUACAAUGUCCAGAUCAGUUAAAAAAAAAAAUGUAAAUUUAAACCAAUAAAACAUUUAACAUAUUUUUUGGAGCACACAAUGUACACAUAUUAACAUUUAAAAUCACGUCUAAAAUCUAGUAAAAUAAUUGAGAUCAAUAUAUAAAAUAUCUCACUUCUCUGGAGCAAUGUGUUUCACUGAGGAUGUCCAGAUUUUGGAUAUACAGCUCCCAGAAGUGGAGAGUAAGACUGUUCACUGGUCAGGGUUAUACAAUAAAUCCCUUAGCUUGUCAUCAUUGCACCAAUUAAUGGUGAUCAUCCACCCAGCCCUAACCUGUAAAUUAACUUACUGGUGCGUUGGAGAUAUCUCCCCUUCCUGCUAUAGCACAAAUAGUUUUUCUUGUUUGUUUGACAGGGGGGACUCUACUUUUCUCCCUCAGCUGUCACCUACAGAAAUCCUCUUUGUUUCCAUUAGUAAGUGACUGCAUGUCACGCCUCUCGCUCAGUUGUAUGUGAACCAAGUGUGUUUUUUAAAGUGAUAAUCAAGUUAAUGACUUGUACAAUUUUAUCUCUUUAGGUGCUAUUAUUAGUGGCAAGGGGUCCUGCCAAGGAGGUUUAGAUGGACUGUAUAGAAAGUGAGAAGAGUUCUAAAGAGUAGACAGGGUAUUUAUGCUGUCCUGUGAGGGUAGAAAUAUGAUUUACCAGUAGUACAAAUGUCAGCCUGGCAUGUGCUGGACCAUGUAUAGCUCCUCCCCUACAGUUCUGUUCAUUUGUAUAAAAGCAGCAUUACUGUUUGUCAAUAUUCCUCCAAGAGAAUAUUAGCGAUCUCAUGGUUCAGAACGUAUCGUUCUAUGUAAAAUUUCUAUGCCACAUUUUUAUUUGUUCUGUAAUCCGCACUGCAGUAAAGUUAUAUCACACACUAGAUAGACAGGUCUUUUAAUAUAUUUGGGUACGUUUUGUUAUAUUGAGAGAAUUAAGUAAAUAUUACAGGAGAAAAAUAUAUAUUUCUGAACAUUAUUUUCUUUAUGUAAUUGUAUCUAUGGAGAAAAUAAGGAUUUAGGGGGCGAUUCAGUUGUUUUAACGGGUGUCCAAUGUAAUGGGUGCCCGUCGGAGCAAUUCAAUUGUUUCUCUGAUCAGACACAUCACUUUUCACACGCACAAAUAGCGCAUAGCAGCUAAACCAGUCUAAAGUCUUGGUUAGGGCGGCCAAACCAUUGAUUCAUCACACUUUUCUCUCCGCCUCCUAAACUAGCAACAAGGAGAAAUGUGUUUCUGGCGCCUAAUUUGCGCCCCCUAAUGACAGCCGAAGGGGAAAACAUUUGAAUUGCCCCCGUGUAGUAACUUUAAAGUAUACUUUAUUGGUAUUGGACUCCACACAGAGAAAUCGGAGUCCGUUUAAUAUUGUCCAGCAAGGUAUGCCUUCCGUAUCUUGUCCUGUUUAUUCUGUUUUCUGACAAACUAAAUUGUUUUGCUUUUAUCAGAACGUUUUCUCCCUAUCAGAUCAGACUGGUUCCAUUCAUGUGUGUUUAUGAUAAAGCCCCGUACAUACAGGGAGAGAUGUGUGCUGAGCGAUCUAUCAGUGACCGCUCAGCACACAUCUCUCCCCCACUCAGCACUUCACGAUAUGCUGAGCGAGGGGGGGCACUCAUUUCACCCAGUGGUGAAAUGAGCGACCUGCUAGAUUGUGCCUGUGUGCAGGCCAGUCUGGCAGCGGUGAUAGCGACACGCAGGAGCACGCAUCGCCAUCGCUAUGGGGCACACACACACACAGAGAUCCGUGCUUAAGUUCUAAGCAAUCUAGUCAGAUUGCUUACAAUUUAAGCACUGAUCUCUCCGUGUCUACCCCCCUUUACAGUGGUUGUUUUGUUAUCAGCUGAGAAAUAAUGAACAUUUUAUCUUUUGCUUUGGUCACUUGAAAACUCAUUAGCAGUUUCCACAAGUGCCCUCAUUGAGCUGUUUUUACUGAAAAUGCCCGUAUCAGAAAAUACUUUUUUUUUUUUUUCCUCACCUAACAUGUAUCUUUGUACUAUAGCCCUUAACCUUUUUGCUUUAGUAAAUAUUUACUUACUGGAGUAGACUAAAGAGGUGACCUUGAGACUCCCUGGCCUCAUAAUCCAGUGCAUAACCCUUUGUGCUGGAGUGGAUAUCCACAGGCUAUUAAUGGGAAGUGAGAGACGUGCACUUACAUCCCCAGCCUGUUAACCUAGGGUAUAUUUUCAUUGUUAGUGUUACCAGAGAAAAUGAGCCACGAAAUUGUUCCUUUUCAUACUGGGUUUUUUUCUCUAUGGGGGUAAUUCAGAGUUGAUCACAGCAGGAAAUUCGUUAGCAGUUGGGCAAAACCAUUUGCAUUGCAGGUGGGCCAGAUAUGUACAGAGAGUGUUAGAUUUGGGUAUGUUAUAUUGUUUCUGUGCAGGGUAAAUACUGGCUGCUUUAUUUUUACACUGCAGUUUAGAUUUCCGUUUGAACACACCACACCCAAAUCUAACUCUCUCUGCACGUGUUAUAUCUGCCACACCUGCAGCUAACAAAUUUGCUGCUGCGAUCAACUCUGAAUUAUGCCCUAUAUCUUAUAAUGGACAGUCCUUAUGUUGUAAUAUCACAAGCAGGGAAGAGUGUAAGCCUUAAUACACAUAGUAAAGCAUUUCUGGGAGACUGCGUACAGUUAUUUUAAAAGACAAAUGUACUCAAAGUGAACUGAAAGUCUUGGAAGCAGGAGACUGUUUUUUUUACCAUCACUGCCUCGUUCAGCCUAUACCUCUGGUUAGCAGAUAUGAUUAAGGCUAUUUCAUGAUGAAUGAGGAAUUAAACACUAAAUGAAACAAAUUACCUUGCUGGUGAGAUGUUCUAUCUAUUAUAACCACUUUUCUGUCCUUGCCGAAAGGGUUCAUUAAAAAGUGUGCAUACAGUAUGUUAUAUUCAAGAUCGAUUGCACAUUUAAGACAGGAUAGCACAGUCACAGCUGUUAUUAAAUUAACCUGGGAAGGCAAGGCCAGUUUUGUUGUGAUGGGAAUGAGAUCUGUAUCCAAAAACCUAGAUCAUGGUAGGCCUUUCCUUAAUCUGUUCAUGGCAAUUUACUGACAUGUCACCCAAGUCCAUCUGUAGAUCCUAAAUCAUUUUAAUGGUUUCUUUCCAAUGGUUUGUUUUGCUUGAUCUAGUGUAACUUUCCCUUACAUUCUAUGGAAUCUAAUUGUGGCAGUAGCCCUCAAAUCUUUUAGUUUGCACUACAUUAUAAUACUGGAGGUAUUGACCCAGUAAAUACUUCCAAAAGAUCGAUCAACUGACUAAGUGAGGGAUGCAAAUAAAUAUAUCUAUAUAAUAGCUUCUGAGAUUGACAUGCGUGAGGCCAGGAGUAGAGUGUAGUGUUGGAGAUGAGAUUAGACACCCCUUGACCUAGCAUUCGCCAGGUCCAAUAUACGUCACUUUCAUAUUAUACACAUAAAUGCCGAUCUAAAUUAUUAAUUAAUGGGUCUAUGGGCCUUGGAGAGCGAAAGAGUGGACGGUGAUAAAGUACCAGCCAAUCAGCGCCAAAAGUAGCAACCUAACUAAUCAGCAUCUGUCACAGGCUGUGUUUGAAAAAUGACAGGAGCUGGGUGGUUGGUACUUUAUCUCUCUCCAACACUUAGUGCAUAGACCACUAAGUUGUUUAAGGUUAAAUGAACCGUUUACUUUUCCAUAUUCUGCUUUGCGGGUCAGAUCAGAGAGGGAAGGUGUUGCCCAAACAUUGGACAUCUACUUGGAUAUGUUCUAUUUCUAACAAACUGUCCUCCUUCUUCAGUACUGUUUUAAAUAAACUCCUCUUGUACAUAUUGGUUUUAAAGCUCCACUUUUAUGUAAAAAGCGUUCCUUGAAGCCGCUGUAAAUCUAGAGCGAAAGUGAAUGUGCCCUGACUGCUAUUCUCAGAUGCUGCCAAACAGUAUUAGUGUACACAAUAAAAGGCAAAAUUUAAUUUUUUUUUUAACUCUUGCAGAAAUGUAUUUUGUAUUCUAAAACUAGUUGUAUAUUUUUAAUCUUGAUAUGUCCCUAUUAUUUUUCUUUGACAUUUCUCUGAAGAUGUUUUUCCAGAUGCUGUCAGUGGAUGUAACAGACCAUUAGACAGUAAUGCGUACCAGUGGAGAGCCAAACUUUUUUUUUUUUUCUAUGCAUUAACAGAUUAAUAUAUUGUACAACAAUGAUCUAAUGUAUAGGAAGAUUGUUAUAAUAAUGUCGUCAGUGAUACUCCUUGUUUUUGUGAAGUGUGCUACUAUAUUACCUCUGCUGUAUGAUUCAUCAUGGAGUUGUUAGUGUGUUACUUUUCCCAUAACGAAGACAUUGGUUUCCGUAGGUUCCACUUUCUAUCAAACGUGCUGUUGUACAGUAUGUUGUCACAUGACUUCUCUUGAGGCUUCUUACAGCAGAAUUGAUAGACCGAUGUUUUAAGAUCUGGACUUUUUAGUAUAUUUUUGUUGAAUUAUUUCAUUCUUAUAUUCAGAAUUUCUCCUCCAGAGAGUAACCCAAAUCAUGUGCCAACAGCCAAAUUGUCUCCCACCAAAAGAUGUUGUUACCUUUGGUAGAUGUGCCAAUUUGUAUCCAUCCUGUGAUUGGGAAUGUGUUCUAGAAAGUUGUUGGGUGGUGGAGUUGGUGAAAUUGUAUGCAGCUUCUGCAUGACUCUGCUUGAUGUUAUUGCACUUUUUAAUUCUAUGAUGAUUUGAGAAGAAAUGUCACUUUACCUAUACUCCAGGCUAAGACAUACAGAUGUUUUUAUUUUGAUUUGGGUAAAGAAAAUAUAUUUAACAAUUACAUACAUAUUGCUGUGCAUGUAAAAUAUCAAACAUUCCUAUUCUCUUGAUGCCAUCCAUUGGUAAACAAUCCAUUUACACGCUGACAUUUUUCUUUUCUUUUUUCUUUUUUUUGGGGGGGGGGGUGUUGGGUUGGGGUUUU